AUGCGAGCCUCACCAUUGGAGGGGUUCACCCUUUGCCUAAGACUACCAAUGGGCACAUCUGAUACUUCCGAGGCUAUGCCCUUGAUUCUUACCACUGCAUGCCCAGGUGAUGUGGAUAACCAACCACAACAGGACCGGCGUCACGUCACGUUCACGUGGCACGGUGCUGCUGUUGUUGGUAGUGGUGGUGAUGGUGGCAAAACACAACCUUGGUCACCUACAAAAUCCUGUGUGUGUGUCGAUACUGAAGAUGCAGACACUUGGCAAGGUCAUCCGACUUUGUCCCCACCAAGGUCAGUGGUCUCGUCAGCUCACACUUCUUCCACGUUGUCUACUAAUGUAGUGGAUUCCAUCGGAAUGCCCCAUCGCCAACUUAGAACAGCUCUCCUAAGUGAACGACUUGGAGGCGGAACCAGAACCCAGCGAGCUUUUAGCGAUGUAAAUUCACCUUUUCUUCAACCGGAAUUUCUGGCUCAAGCCGCAGAGUUAAUUGGACUCGAGUCCACGUCUGUUGUUACUAGCCCUGAAAAAACAGCACCUCGACUUCCCGCAAAGAAACGAAAAUUCGAUUGGGGGGAAAGAAGUAAUGGUGAUAUUUCUCAAUCGUCUGUACCGACGACGUCAUCGUCUCAACAGCAAUUGCUGGCCUCCUUGAUUGUGGAUAAACCGGCUCAGUUGGAGCCCACUCGCCGGUCUUCUGUCUGCACAAUUACAGAGUCAUCUGGACUUACUGGAUCAUCUGGAUCAAUGUUCUCCUAUCCUAUAGGUGUUCCGGCUAAACAGAGGAAACUCUCUUACCCAGAUUUAUCUUUCUCCAAUGCCGCUGAUGCUUUUAGCUCAUUUCGUCCAUCUCCGAAUGCUUCGGCUUUUUCGGCACGAAAUGAAGGUGAGUUUCCUGUUUUAUUUUUUUGCUACUGA